CCCGGCUUCUGCUUCGCUUCAGCGUUGAGAGGCUGGAUUUGUAACCGUCAAUAAAUUGAAUCGCCAUUUACCUUUCUACCUGCUCGCGCGCUCAGUCUGCGUUGUCCGGCAGCGGCACCUAGAGGCUGGAAGCUGGCGUUGCACCGAAUACGCUGAUGAGCUUUGAAUAAGCUGGUGUGUUUAACAAGGACUGACUGCUGUUCCCCUCACAGCAUACAGUAUUUGCGGGAAAGACUUGGUGCCUGAUAAGUAUUAGGAUAAGCGUUUAGCUGACUGGUGUUCUGCUUAGAACUUUUUGUAAUUAGUUAAAUUUAUAGCACACUAGACUUUAGCUGUUGUAAUUUCUGAAACUUAUUAGGAAAGUGAACCACCAAAAGGUAAGGAUGAGUAAGAGCAAAGAUGAUGCUCCUCAUGAGCUAGAGAGCCAGUUUAUCCUACGCCUACCUCCAGAAUAUGCUGCUACGGUGAGGAGAGCGGUACAGUCUGGUCAGGUCAACCUGAAGGAUAGACUGACUAUUGAGUUACACCCUGAUGGGCGUCAUGGCAUUGUCAGAGUGGACCGGGUCCCACUGGCUGCAAAAUUGGUAGAUCUGCCAUGUGUCAUGGAAAGCUUGAAAACCAUUGACAAAAAGACCUUUUACAAGACAGCCGAUAUCUGCCAGAUGCUUGUGUCCACGGUUGAUGGUGACCUCUACCCACCCGUGGAAGAACCAGUUGCUGCUGCUGAUCCCAAAGCAAGCAAGAAAAAAGAUAAAGACAAAGAGAAGAAGUUUGUCUGGAACCAUGGAAUUACUCUGCCUUUAAAAAAUGUGAGGAAGAGGCGGUUCCGGAAGACAGCAAAGAAGAAGUACAUCGAGUCUCCUGAUGUGGAAAAAGAAGUUAAGCGCUUGCUGAGUACAGAUGCGGAGGCUGUCAGUACUCGUUGGGAGAUAAUUGCUGAAGAUGAAACAAAAGAGGCAGAGAAUCAAGGCCUUGAUAUCUCUUCUCCAGGUAUGUCUGGCCACAGGCAGGGCCAUGACUCACUGGAACAUGAUGAGCUUCGAGAGAUCUUCAAUGACCUCAGCAGCAGCAGUGAAGAGGAAGAUGAGGCACAGCAUCAAGAUGAAGAAGAUAUAAACAUUAUUGAUACUGAGGAAGACCUGGAGAGACAGCUGCAGGACAAGCUGAGUGAGGCAGGUGCACAGCACCAAGAAAAUGAAGGAACCAGCCAACUGGUUAUGGGAAUUCAGAAACAGAUUGAUAACAUGAAAGGCAAGCUCCAAGAGACCCAGGACCGGGCAAAGCGACAGGAGGAUCUCAUCAUGAAAGUGGAGAACCUGGCUCUCAAGACCAGGUUUCAAGCAGUGCUGGAUGAGCUCAAACAAAAGGAAGACCGGGAGAAGGAGCAACUCAGCUCUUUGCAAGAAGAGUUAGAGUCACUUUUAGAGAAGUGAGGAUAUUGUUCCUUUCAGUUGCCAGGCUAGCCAGUGAUAGAAAAGUCUUGAUUAUAUUACUUAUACUAGAUGUCAAGAACUAGUAUUUCUUUUUCCCACUAAUGCUAGAAGUUGAAGAAUUUUAAGAUCUUUUAUUACAACCAGCUUGCUAUGUAUUUUCUUUGUAUUCAUUCUUUAGAAGGUAACAUUAUGUAGCAGAAAGAUUGUUACAGGAAAGUUCUAGCAUUGAAAUGACUAGCUCAAACUUAACAGCUUCACUGAAAUAGCAAUAUAAUAAUAAACUCAGUUAAAUUUUUUAUAUUUUCUGAUGCAAUAGCUAUUUCCUUAGCUAAUCAAAAAAAAUUUUUGUAUGUAGAGAUGCAAAUCAUGAGGUUAUUUCUAACAAUAAAUAAAGGCAACUAAUUUUGA